UGGUUAACCAUGCCUGCUUACCAUUUAAAUUAGAAAAUAUCGGGUAUGGAAGACGCAAUGAAGGAAACAAGAAAAAUACAUUUCCUGUUUUAUUUGAAACAAGAGAAGAAUAUAUAAUUUUUAGGUUUCCUGAGUUAUGGAAAACUUUGUGGAAUCAUGUCCUCAAAACACAGAAGAGGUCUUGGAAUCCUCCAUCAGGUUGAGUUGUGGUCAGGAUCGAUAUGGAAAUGAUCAAUACAUCUGUGUCCCUAACAUUGACAAAUCAGGACUCAUAGAAUUGUGUUACAACGGGAUCAUGGGGAUGAUAGAAAGGGGCAAUUGUCUGAGGACUACAGGAGGACAACUGUAUCGUACCAGCUGUCUUGGGUUUUCAUCAGGCUGUCCAGACAUAGAGUACAGAAGCAACAAGAUAUAUUUAUAUCCCGCUUGCCAGAACAUCAAUACACGAGAUAGAUGUUAUCUUGCUGAACCCUCAUGUCCAAAUGCCACAGAGAACAUAAGUACCAGGGGUACUACAGGAUAUAAACCAGUGCUAUCGACGAUUCAAAGUAUUUACAACACUACGAUUAUCAAUGUAUCUGAAGGCACUCUUCCACAUGAGUCACACGACUCCACAGGGGCUAUUGUUGGCAGCGUGGUUGCUGUUGUGUUUAUCAUUAUUUUGGUAUUGGCUGGUGUCCUCUGGAAAUGGAAUCAGAAGAACAAAAAACAAAGACCUAUCCCAACUGGCAAUUUCGGAAAUGAUGAUUUCAACAAACAACAUAAAGAGGAAGAUAUACCUACAGAACCAGACUGUAAACGUCCGUUGUUGUCACACGCAAAAACCAUUGAUGAUACAAGAGAUCUGCAACAAACAUCUGACGAAUUUAAACUAAGGAAAAACAUAUUUGAAGUCAAAGAUAUCGAUGUCCUUAGUGAAAAUGAGAAGAAAGAACAAAGUUUUACAGAUCCUGUUACAAAUACCUGUACCAUGUCAGAGGAGGGAGACACAGCUGCCAAUUCAGGAUAUAGUGAGAUUAACAAACAUCAUAAAGAGGAAAAUAUACCUACAGGACCAGAUUGUAAACUUCCAUUGUUGUCACACGCAGAAACCACUGAUGAUACAAGAGAUCUGCAACAAACAUUUGACGAACUUGAGCUAAGGGAAAAAGUAUACGAAGUCACAGAUACCGAUGUUCAUAGUGAAGUUGAGGAGAUAGAACAACGUUUUACAGAUCCUGUAACCAAUACAAAGUUCAAAGACAGAAUCCCAGGUAUUGCAGAUAUUUGUGUUCUUUAUGGACAUUACUAUAUAGCAUGAUAUCAUA